AUUUGCUGAGAUCCAAAAGCUUCUGCUUCUGACAUUGUUGCCCUAACCACCAGACAAACAUGACUCAAAAGCCCUCGGUCCAAAAUGAUGCUGCCUUUUUCGAACUGCUUGGUGGAGGAAAGGAAAAACCGUCGGAAAAGAAAUGGGGAGCAGGAAUGGUUAUUGCUGGCAUAACUGGUGGGGCAGCUUUGGCUCUUUCGGUCAUUUGUCUGCCUUUUGUGUCACCUGCAUUAAGAAGAGUAUGUUUACCGUACGUGCCAGCAACAAAUUCACAAGUUGAAAAUGUUUUAAAAGCUCUCAGAGGACGAUCUGGGCGUUUUGUUGAUUUAGGAAGUGGAGAUGGCAGAAUUGUUUUGUCAGCUGCACAAGCUGGAUUUACUCCCGCAGAAGGAGUGGAGUUGAACCCUUGGUUAGUUCUUUAUUCUAAGGUGCAAGCCUUACGGCAAGGACUGUCCUCAACAACAUCUUUCCACCGCAGAGACUUGUGGAAAUUUAGUUUAAAACCCUAUCCCAACAUUGUAAUAUUUGGAGUGGAAGAAAUGAUGGAGGAGUUACAGUUAAAAUUAGAAAAUGAAGUUGAAGCUGGCACCCACAUAGUCGCUUGCCGGUUUCCACUUCCAAAACUCAAACCAGUCGCUACAAUUGGCUCUGGUUUGGACACAGUGUGGCUUUAUACUCCCAAUAACAAUAAAGAGCAAGAAGGAAGAUAUUGAGAGUAUUGACAAAUUUCUAAUAGCAAGAUGAUGAUAGGGUAUAUUUUCAAAUAAACAAAUUUUUUUGUAA